ACAUUAGACCUUCUUACUGUUUGACAGAAUUCAGUUUGCGACGAGAUCACAGACAGCUGUACUGUUCGAUAUCAUUAUCUCAUUUCUCUUUACUAUCACCACCAUAGUGAGAUAAGUUAAUAUGAAUACUUUGUAUUUAUGUUGACAAAGUGUAAAACUUACAGUCGUGUCUCGGACAUGUAAUGUACAUGAAACAACAUAGGUAGUUAGUUUGUAAGACAAAGCGAGAAGUCUCGCCGAGGAAAUGGUGGGUAAUCAGUUUCCGAUGUUCCGUUUCGCGACUCUCAUGGCCCGACAACUUAGUUCACCCGUCGCUGCACGAAUUAAGAGGUACGCAGUCUCACAUCCACGCUUCGGUGUCGCCGUAUGUAUUCGUAUCGCAAAUCUCUUUCACUGGUGUGAGUGGAACACACGCGCGUGGACGCUGCGGCUGGCAGGCAUCACGCUGCCAGCCAACGCGCGGCCGCCCCCGCUGCCUGUUCGUACGGCGGUCAACCUAGGUGGCGAUCUUUUAGGUGAGAUCAUCAUUUUUUCUUUGGGUUCACUUAUAAUUAUUUUCGAAGUCAAUCGUCAGGCAAAUAAACAAGAGGACAAGAAGUUAAACAAGAAGUCAGAGUGGUUGGCGGUCGCUUUGUCUCUGGAGGAGCUGCAGCGCGAACUGGCGCUGCAGCAACUCGACAUCGAGCGCUUUCACUCUACACUGCUUCAGCUGAAAUCCCUCCAGGAGCAAACUAAUAGUCCCUCGGAACGACGAUGAUAUAGGGGACAAUCA